CUCCUCCGGAGCUCUGGAGGAGAGACUGUCCCCAUCGAAUACUCAGAGGUAUCUCUAUCUACUUUUAUGAGGAGGAGCUUGGCCAAAUAUGGGAGAAGGGGGAGGAUGGGUGCAGGGGGGGCACUUAGCCUCUUGGACAAAUCUUUUUCCCCACUGUCAGGUAGCUGAGAGGGAAUUUGUUUGUCCAAAGAACUAGUAGACAUGGAUAUGGCAGACUAUAGCGAUGCCCUGGACCCAGCCUAUACCACCCUGGAGUUUGAAAACAUGCAAGUUCUCUCCAUGGGCUCAGACUCCUCGCCGGCUGAGAGUGCCAACAUGAAUGCAGCCAACCACCUCGGAGCGGGCACCCUGUGUGCCAUCUGUGGGGACAGGGCCACGGGCAAACACUAUGGGGCCUCCAGCUGUGACGGCUGCAAAGGCUUCUUCCGUCGGAGCGUUCGCAAAAACCACAUGUAUUCAUGCAGGUUCAGCAGACAGUGCAUUGUGGACAAAGACAAGAGGAAUCAAUGCAGAUACUGUCGAUUGAAGAAAUGCUUUCGAGCUGGCAUGAAAAAAGAAGGUAUACAAUUCAUUCAACUUCAUUCAAAUGCUGUACAAAACGAGAGAGACAGAAUCAGCACUAGGAGAUCUAGCUAUGAAGACAGCAGUUUACCAUCUAUCAAUGCACUUAUCCAGGCAGAUGUACUCUCAAGACAGAUAUCCUCACCUGGACCUAUACUGAAUGGUGACAUCAGGACAAAAAAGGUAGCGACCAUCACAGAUGUGUGUGAAUCAAUGAAACAGCAGCUGCUGGUGUUGGUGGAAUGGGCCAAGUACAUCCCUGCCUUCUGUGACCUGCCCCUGGAUGACCAGGUGGCAUUGCUGCGAGCCCAUGCAGGAGAGAAUCUUCUGAUUGGAGCUGCAAAGAGGUCUAUGUUGUACAAGGACCUCCUGUUACUAGGAAAUGACCACAUUAUUCCCCGGAACUGCCCGGAGAUGGAAGUGUGCCGGGUAGCAGUGAGGAUUCUGGACGAGCUAGUGCUGUCCUUCCAGGAACUCCAGAUAGACGACAAUGAAUACGCUUGUUUGAAAGCCAUUGUUUUCUUCGAUCCAGAUGCCAAAGGUCUGAGUGACCCAGGUAAGAUCAAGCGGAUGCGGUACCAGGUUCAGGUCAGCCUAGAGGACUACAUCAACGACCGGCAGUAUGACUCCCGGGGACGCUUUGGAGAGCUGCUCCUGCUGCUGCCCACACUACAGAGCAUCACCUGGCAGAUGAUCGAACAGAUACAGUUUGUCAAACUCUUUGGCAUGGCCAAGAUUGACAACCUGCUCCAAGAGAUGCUCUUAGGAGGUUCUGCUACUGAGGCACCUCACACACCUCACUCUCUGCAUCCACAUCUGGUUCAGGAACACCUCAGCAACAAUGCCAUCGUUUCAAGCAACAUGACUACUUCCAUCCACAAUGGCCAAAUCUCCACUCCUGGAACCCCAAUCCCCUCUCCUCCCACAGUCUCCAGUUCAGAACACUAUAAAAUGGCUCAAGGGGUUAUAGCCACUGUGCCCAAGCAUCCUAUCUCCAUCCCUCAGCUCACCAUCACCAAGCAAGAAGCCAUCUAACACAGAACUGGACCCCACAAACCCAUCCAACAAAGCAUUUACAAUUUUACCAUCUUUGCUAGCAUAUGUUUCUCUGUAAACACGCUCAGUAUAAAGGUGCAACAACAAUUCUCAUUAGUGAGAAAUACAUAUUUUCCAAAAAUCUCAGGGAGUGUACUGUACAGUUGGGAUACAUUAGUAAACUAAUCCCCAGCUGAGGUACAGUACCUACGGUAGGCCUACUCAUAUUAUUGCAUGUAGUAUCAAGCUGAAAUUGCAAACGGCUAGAACAACCUCAUUCAUGGGCAAUUUGAUACAGUAUGCUCUUUGACAUACAGCACCAGUCAGGUUUGGACACACAUACUCAUAAAAGGGUUUUUCUUUAUUUAUACUAUUUUCUACAUUGUAGAAUAUUAGUGAAGACAUCAAAACUAUGACAUAACACAUGGAAUCAUGUAGUAACCAAAAUAGUUGAUGACAGCUUUGCACACUAUUGGCAUUUGCUCAACCAGCUUCACCUGGAAUGCUUUUCCAACCAUCUUGAAGGAGUUCCCACAUAUGCUGAGCACUUGUUGGCUGCUUUUUCUUCACUCUGUGGUUCAACUCAUCCCAUACCAUCUCAAUUGGGUUGAGGUCGGGUGAUUGUGGAGGCCAGGUCAUCGGAUGCAGGACUCCGUCACUCUCCUUCUUGGUCAAAUAGCCCUUACACAGCCUGGAGGUGUAUUUUGUGUCAUUGUCCUGUUGAAAAACAAAUGACAGUACCACUAAGCGCCGAACAGAUCUGAUGGCGUAUCACUGCUGUCCUUUAGUAGUGGUUUCUUUGCAGCAAUUCGACGAUGAAGGCCUGAUUCGCGCAGUCUCCUCUGAACAGCUGAUGUUGAGAUGUGUGUUUCUUGAACUCUGUGAAGCAUUUAUUUGGGCUGAAAUCUGAGGUGCAGUUAUUCUAAUUAAUUUAUCUUCUGCAGCAGAGGUAACUCUGGGUCUUCCUUUCCUGUGGCGGUCCUCAUGAGAGACAGUUUAAUUUUUUAAUUUUUUAAAAUUUCACCUUUAUUUAACCAGGUAGGCUAGUUGAGAACAAGAUCUCAUUUGCAACUGCGACCUGGCCAAGAUAAAGCAUAGCAGUGUGAGCAGACAACACAGAGUUACACAUGGAGUAAACAAUUAACAAGUCAAUAACACAAUAGGAAGAAAAAAAAAGGGGAGUCUAUAUACAUUGUGUGCAAAAGGCAUGAGGUAGGCGAAUAAUUACAAUUUUGCAGAUUAACACUGGAUCAUAGUGCUUGAUGGUUUUUGCGACUGCACUUGAAAUGUUCCGUAUUGCCUGACCUUCAUGUCUUAAAGUAGUGAUGUAUUGUCGUUUCUCUUUGCUUAUUUGAGCUGUUCUUGACAUAAUAUGGACUUGGUCUUUCACCAAAUAGGGCUAUCUUCUGUAUACCCACCCUACCUGGUCACAACACAACUGAUUGGCUCAAAUGCAUUAAGAAGGAAAGAAAUUCCACAAAUGAACUUUUAACAAGGCACACCUGUUAAUUGAAAUGCAUUCCAGGUGACUACCUCAUGAAGCUGGUUGAGAGAAUGCCAAGAGUGUGCAAAGCUGUCAUCAUGGAAAAGGGUGGCUACUUUGAAGAAUCCCAAAUAUAAAAUAUAUUUUAAUUUGUUUAACACUUUUUUGGUUACUACAUGAUUCCACAUGUAUUAUUUAAUAGUUUUGAUGUCUUCACUAUUGUCCUACAAUGUAGAAAAUGGUAAAAUUAAAGAAAAACCCUUGAAUGAGUAGAUGUGUCCACACUUUUGACUGGUACUGUAGCUGUACAGGUUAUCUAUGUCUUUAUACACAGAGUUCAGAUGAUGAAUUGGUAAAUAAAAUAUGACUGUAUACAUGUUAGAUAGGUUUUCUUAAUCACAUUUCAAUUGUAUAAAUGUUACAAACAGGCCUCAUAUCUGUGAUGAGGCAGAUCAUGAUGUUGUUGUUACACAGUAUUUUAAAGAUGGUUGUCAAUGGCAAUACAAGUUUUGUUGACUGAUAUAGUCACUUACAACUUGUACCCAGAAAAAAGAAUACAAUGAUAUUAUCAUGUUUUUAAAUAAUGUAAUUAUGUGACAGAUGGAGAUAUACAGGUAUGAUAGGCAGUCAAUUGGUUCUGAAAGGACAUAUUUAGCUUUUUAAAGUUAUCGUGUACUUGCCGUAUGACAGUUGUGUUGCAUUGAAAUCCAGGUUUAAGAUAUCCCUGUCUAUAUGCACUGGAAUUCGCUAGUUGUGUAGCAAAAAGCUUAAAUGUUUGAAUUAUAACAGCUCAGUUAAUUUAAUACCAGAGUUGGGGAGUAACGGAUUACAUGUAAGGGAUUACAAAAAACUAUAACCCGUUACGUUACAAGCAAAAAUAUUGCAAUCAGAUGAGAUACUUUUGGAAAAACUAGAUGAUUACUUCAAACAGGAUGAUUGCGAAAAAAAUAUUUGACACUUCUCUGUUUUCUCAAUGACAUUCACAUCAUCAUUGAAAAAAGGCGCACAUUUAAAUUUGUUCCACCUGAGCGAGUCUGACCACAAAUCAGAGUCCACUACGAUGACACACCAAACGUGUUUGAUGGAUCUCAGGAAAAGAGCAGGAAUGGGCUUUUGUAGGAUACAGUCCAAGCUAUGUCUUCCAAUGGUGCAACUGCUGUCGGUAUCCAUAAAUGAUUACAUUUGAAUAAACGCUUGGAGGUAAGGAUGACAGCCGUGGUGUAGUCUAUGGCGAUACGGAUAUAAUUUACUAUUGAUAUCUACAUAGCGCAUUGAUGUGAAUCACACUGCUGCUCUCUCAUUUAGCUAUUUGCGCCUUACGGAUUGUGGUUGUUGUUGGAUGGCUGUUCACAAAUUUAAUGUAUAUUUGAACACAAUAGUGGUUGAAUUCAACAAGUUUAACCUGCCUAUCAAUCAUUGCUUUUGAAAUCAGUGGAUCGCCAGUGAAAAAUGCGCUCUUGCAAUAGCUGCAUAGUGCUGAUCCCAGCCUAUGGAAUAAAAGUGGGGCUUUUAUUAAUCAAAUUCACGCUGACAAAAAAAAGACAUCCAUAGUCUUAAUGGACACAUGCUCGAACUGGCACACUUUUGAUAGACUUAAAUGGGGCAAUCUGUAGUUAAUACAUCCAUUUUUGGCUUUAUAUACUAGAUAUAUUUAUGUAAAGAUAUAAUUUAAUCAUAUUAUUAUAUGUUGUACAAAGCAAUGGGUUAGAAGAAGCCUUCAUAACCAACCCAUAAAGUAAAAUGUUAAAUCCAUGUAUGGCCAGUUAUGUCAACUUUAACAUGGAUUUAUCCUGCAACAGGCAUUCACAGGUUGAUGAAUUCAUAAUGUUUUACCCAUUCCAUUUUUAUCUUCAGUUCAACUGUAAAGACAUUGUAGUGUUUUUUUUUUUUUUUUACCAUAGAAUGUUAUUUUGUGACGGUAUUAUAACUACAUGACAAAAUACAUGGUGCCUUGUCAUCUGUACCGCCUUGUACUGCAAAGAUGGGCAAUGUGUUUCACCUUACAAUGUGAAGAUGAAUAAAAUGUCAAGGUUUAUUUUUUA